GCGUCCCAACGUUUUCGCGAACGCGCAGGAGGCUGCAUUCCAGCCUCGCCGAGCCGGGCUCGGCCAACGGCAGUUCUUCAGCUGCGUGGGGCAAAAGUAUUCGGCCGCUUUUCCCUGUGCCCACCCCGGUGCACGCCAGACUCGGUGCCCGGCCUGGGCCGGAUGGUAAACAGUAGGCGGCAUUCCUGGCCUCGGGGAGCUAGAAGCAGGGUGCCAGCGCAGGACCGCAGCAGAGACCAGCAGCCGUGCAAAAUAAUCAUUCCCAUCGUGCAUCUCUGUAUUUUCCAGGAGUUAGAAGUCAAAUCUUGGAACUGUGUGGUACAAAGUGACCCCAGACCAAGGAGGAUGAGCCCUGGCUGCUGGCGGACAGCGGAUGGAGGGCAGCGGCUCCUGCACCGUUCCCUCUGGGUCUGCUGACGGCAGGGAGGAGGGUGCCGGCCAGGCUGAGUGCUUGCCUGCCUCCCCCUCCGGAGAUGUUCACAAGGGUCUUGAGGAGAUGAACUUACCUUCUCCAUCUGUUUUAGACUUGAGUCAAAGUGGUCUGCGCAAUUUGGGAGAGAUCUUUAAAAUCCCCACCAUCCAGCAAUUGCAUCUCCAAAGGAACGCGCUCUGCCUGAUUCCCAGAGAUUUCUUUCAGUUGCUGCCAAACCUCACCUGGCUGGACCUCCGGUAUAAUAAAAUUAAGGUGCUUCCCUCCGGGAUUGGAUCUCACAAGCAUUUGAAAACUUUGCUUUUAGAAAGAAAUCCUAUCAGAAUGUUACCUGUGGAGCUAGGGACCGUGGCUACCCUGAAAGCCCUCAACCUGAGACACUGCCCCCUGGAGUUCCCCCCCCAGGUCAUAGUGCAGAAGGGCUUGGUCAGCAUCCAGACCUUCCUGCGGAUCUGCGCGGCGGAACGCUCCCUCCCCAAAGACGCAGCUUCUCAAGAGAUUUCACUAAUUAAAAAGAUGCACCUAAGUGGCCUCCCACAUCCUGCGUUGGAAUUACCCGGAGAAUGUGCGUCUAAGGAAGAAACCAGGGACCCUCGGGAUCCCAAGGGGGCCGUGCUAGAAGAGAAGGCAGACUUUCUCCCGCCGGUCGAGAAGCUAGACCUGAGUGAACUCAGGAUGUCCUUGGACUCUUCCGAGCACUGGCCCAGCGAGGAGGAGAUCAGGCGCUUCUGGAAGCUGAGGCAGGAGAUUGUGGAGAACGAAAAAGCAGAAAUUCUUGAGAAUCAGCUCCUGCCAGUGGAAUUACCUCCAAAUCUCAAGGCAGCACUAAACAGCGAGAAGGGACGUCCAAAGCCAAGACACAUUUUCAGGAAGCUGCCCUCAUUCGGGAAUGUCUUGCCCGAUCUGCCGUCAUCGUACCAGACAGCGAUGCGCGCAAAAACCCUGGAGGAGAGUCGCGCAGCGGCCCUCAGGGAGCUCCGGGAGAAGCAGGCUCUGAUGGAGCAGCGGAGGAGGGACGCCAGAGUGCUGCGGGAGUGGCGCCAGCAGGCCCAGGUGAUGAGGAAGCAGGCGGAGGAGCUCAGCAAACGCCUGUCUCGGAGAAGGAGUCUGGCGGCGUCACAGAUUCCCUUCGCCACAGAUCUGACAGAUGACGGGAACAUACCAGUGACUGCACUCGGGAAGAUGAAACAGAGCAAAGAGAAAGUAUCACAAGCAAGUAAAGAAAUGAGUGCUCUCGGGGCGGGGGACUUGGAAGAGAAGAUAAGACAGCACGUGCACCGGGUGCACGAGCAAAGGAAAAGGUGGCCGGGGGUGGACCCGCGGGAGGAAAUGAGGAAGGCUGCCCAGGAUUUGGAGAUUGCCAAGAAGCUGCAGGACGAGGUCGCGAACCUGAAACUGAGCUGGAGCUUGCGCAGGGAGCCCCGGCUGGCAGCUCUCUCCGGAGACCUGUCCUCGCACCCGCGAGCGUCUCAGCCUCAGAACAUGUUUUCUAACAUGAAAUACUAAGAGUCGGAAGAUGUGUGUCAAUGCCAGUGACAGACAGUGACCGCACGGAUGGCGUCGUCUUCAGACAGGACACACCGCCCGCCGUGGCAUCAUCUCCGGGCGGCGGGCGUGUUAGAGUUCAGUGUGGUCCUUACAGUUUAUUUCACAGCCUGUUUGGUUUUUGUUUUUUAACAAAUCUGUGUUCUUUUUCUGAGGCCGUAGACGGUUUUAAGCCACAUUAAAAGAGGAUACUGUAAACAAGCCACCUCGUUUUGGUGCCUGGCGGCUCACAGAUCUGUCCACCAGUGUCUAGACGCCAGCGUCUGCCCCCUUCUCCCCGCCCCGGCGUGCGGCUACACGUGCAGUGGCAGCUUCGCUCACGUGUGUCAGCGCAGCUCUAUGCUGCCCGCCAGCCGCAAGGCCACCUUGGGCCGGGCAGAGCCGUGUGGGCAGAGCCGUGUGGGCAGAGCCGUGUGGGCAGAGCCGUGUGGGCCGGGUGUGUGGCCAGCCUGUUCCCGCCCGGCACCAUGCUGUCCCACAGCCUCCACCCCGCCUGGCUGCCGACCAUGCAGCCUGCACGCAGGACCACGGGAUCCAGCCCUGCGUGGAAACUGCGGCCGGCCUUCUCGCUGUAGGAAAGGCCGUCUCGGACGCUACCUCGGCCUGGGCUGUUCAGGGGUUCCUGCGCUCAGCAGUCUUGCAGACAUGUUUGAUUUUGUUUGUUUAACAGAUGUGAGACCGUUCAGACUUUCUUUUUAUGUCAAUUUGGUAAAUAUGUUUUUCAGUGAAUGAAUUUUUCCAUCUCA